AUGACUGAAAGGUCACAAUCAUUUAAUAGUUCGGAAAAGCAUGUUCAAGUCAUAGCACGACCGCGUCCAUUAAGUGAUAAUGAAAAAUCUCAAAAUUUAACUAGUUGUUUAAAUGUAAAUGAAACACGUAGAGAAAUAAUUGUUAAUUGUAAAACAAGUACUACACGAUUUUUUAAUUAUGAUCAUGUCUUUGGUUGUCAAACACGUCAACAAGAUGUUUAUAAAACAGUUGUUGCACCUAUUGUCGAUGAAGUACUUAAAGGUUAUAGUUCAACGAUUUUUGCAUAUGGUCAAACAGGAUCCGGUAAAACACAUACAAUGUUAGGAAAAUUUUCAAUAGAUAAAUUAUCAAAAGAUACUGUCACUGCUUACAUGUCAAUACUUGAAUCAGAAGCGGGUAUUAUGCCAAGAGCUAUACAUCAUAUAUUUCAAGGACUUCAACGUCAAUAUAUUGAUUAUACAGUUAAAAUAACUUAUCUAGAAUUAUAUAAUGAAGAAUUAACUGAUUUAUUAGCUGAUACAACAAAUGAACAACCUGAAAAGAUUAAAAUUUAUGAGGAUAAAGAUAAAACAAAUACAAUAAUUGGAGCGAUUGAAGCAACAUGUGAAACACCAUUUGAUGCUAUUAAAGUAUUAAUUAAAGGUUCACAACGUCGGCAAACAGCAGAAACAUUGAUGAACGCAUCUUCAAGUCGUUCUCAUUCAAUAUUUACUAUGAAUGUCACAAUGAAAGAUGCUCAAGGAGAUAUGAGAUUAGGAAAAAUACAUCUAGUUGAUUUGGCUGGUUCAGAAAAUAUAUCUCGUUCAGGUGCAACUGAUAAACGUGCUCGUGAAGCUGGUACAAUAAAUCAAAGUUUAUUAACCCUUGGACGUGUUAUAACAGCAUUAAUUUCAAAUGAAAAACAUAUUUGUUAUCGUGAUUCGAAAUUAACAAGAAUAUUACAAGAUUCACUUUGUGGAAAAACAAUAACUUCAAUUAUUAUAACACUUUCACCAGCAAAUGAAGCCGAAACUCUAAGUACACUUGAGUAUGGUCAUCGAGCACGUUCAUUAAAAAUUCGUCCUGAAAUUAAUCAAUUAUCAUCCAAAGAUCUUGUUCGAGAAUAUGUCGAUGAAAUUCGUCGUUUACGUCAAGAACUUGAUAUAAAACGAGAAGCGGAUGGUAUACCUUAUUCACAAUAUACAGCAUUAAAAAAUCAAAUGCUAUUAGUCCAAACAUUAUCAGAUAAUAAUCAAACUAAAUUAGAUAAUAAUGAACAACAAAUUGAACAAUAUCGAACAGACAUUGAAUCACUUCGUCGACAAUUAAUAACACAACAACAAGAAUGUCGACUGGAUAUAAAUGAACGAAAAGAAAUGUUAGCAUUGAUUCGACAUCGCUAUGAAGAACUUAUUCAAACGACUAAUAAAGCUUUGACUUUUCGUGAACAAGCUGUAAAUGCUAUACAACAACUUCGUUUGACACGUUCAACGAGUUCAUCAUUAAUCGAACAAUAUAUUAAUGAUUGCCGAACAGUUGGAGAUACUUUACAAGUUAAUGUUCAACGAAUAAAUGAUGAUAUCGGAACAAUGCUAUCAACAUGUAGUCGUUCAGUUGGACAAAUAUUAUCCAUCACAACAAAUAUCAGUCAACAAAUGUAUAUACUUAAUGAAAAAGUUCGAGGUGUAUUAUCACUUGCCUUUCAAAAUUUUCAUACAAUAUUUGAAGAAUUAAAUACGAUUUAUAACCAAUUUCAAACUGAACUUGAUCAUGAAUUACGAGUAUUAAUUGAUAUGUUAGCUGUGGAAAUUAAAAACGAUGAAAAUCAAUGUGAAAAAAAUAUAGAAGAAGAAAUAUUAAUUAAAAUCAAAACUUGCUUUCAAGAAAUGUCAACCUCAUUUAAUCCAUCAACACAAUCAUUAUGGGAUGAUUUACAUACAUUUUUCACACAACGUUUUAGUCAAGUGUUAAAAAAUGAUUUUAAGCCUUUAAUUCAAAUACCAGAAAAAUCAACCGAUGAUGAUCAUCAAGCACUUGAUCUAACUACUAUCCGAGAUAAAUGGCUUAAUGAACAAGCGAAACUAAUCCUUUCUACUCAUAGCGAACUUGAACAAUUGGUGACUCAUUUUAUUCAAUCUUUAACUAAUAUGAAUAAUACAUCUGAACAUGAAAAAACCAAUCUACAAAAUACUACUCUACUUACACGUAUUCAUGAUAUAUCUACUCAACAUGGACAUCAAAUUCGUCAAUUGUUAGAAACAAAAUUACAAUGUGUAUUUAGUCAAGUCCGAGAUGAAUAUGAACAACAAUGUAGUCAUUUAAUAACAAAUAUUGAAUGUGAUAUAAAUCAAAUGAAUUUAAUAUUACAAGAUAUUAAUAAUAAAUUUGAUACAUCGCCCGUAGCAAUAAACGAUUCAAUGUCACUUCUUAUCAAACAAUCACAACGUAUUGAUGUUAUGACAAAAAACCUUGAUUACGAUUGGCAAAUGUUUACACAGUCAGUUGAUAAAUUUGAAUGUGAAGCAAUAUUACCAUCUCCACCUAUGGCUAUACCAAAAACUGAUGCUGCCGUUAAGCUCGAAAUUGGUAUUAAAGAACCACAAUCACGAUUAAUGGCAGUUGAAAAUAAAGAAAAUAUUAUUGAUGGAAAUCUUCUACCAGCACCUAUUCCUGUUCCGUCGUCAAGAUCAGCAGCAUUGCCUAGCAUACCAUGUCGGCUUAAAAAUGAUACACCAUUCUUUUGA